CUGCGGCUGACUGUUUCAUCACUCUUUAUCUCUGCCUCUUCUAAACUCUGCUGGGCAUCGUUUCGCGUCAAAACAUUGCGUCUCUGCAAAGACUCGCCAGGGCUAGAGACAGAGAGAAGAGGAUAUUUGCCUGGGAAGGAAUGCGAAAGAGGGUGUAGGACUGGCACUGCCACGAGGAAAACGAGGAGGUGCGACAUUUCCUAGGCUACGUGGAGAACUGUUUUUCUUCCCUUCAAAGGUGUUCGCCUCCCAACCCACCGCCCACCACGGCCCUCACCUGUGUGUUGCGGUGCUUCCCUUGUGAGCCGACCUGGGCUGGCAGUCCCUUCUUGCACCGCCCGCCAACACCGCCCAUGGUCAGAAUGACGCGCUCCAAGACCUUUCAGGCAUACCUGCCGAGCUGCCACCGAACCUACAGCUGCAUCCACUGCCGAGCUCACCUGGCCAACCACGACGAGCUCAUCUCCAAGUCGUUCCAGGGCAGCCAAGGCAGAGCCUACCUGUUCAACUCAGUGGUGAACGUCGGGUGUGGCCCUGCAGAGGAGAGAGUUCUGCUUACAGGCUUGCAUGCUGUAGCAGAUAUCUACUGUGAGAACUGCAAGACAACCCUUGGCUGGAAAUAUGAACACGCCUUUGAGAGCAGUCAGAAGUACAAAGAGGGCAAGUUCAUCAUCGAGCUGGCCCACAUGAUCAAGGACAACGGCUGGGACUGACGCAUGAGCAGUUGGGACACAACCACAGCAAAGGGGAGAGGGGAAGGGGGGGCUGGAUUACUGGAUGGACCGACAAAUGGAUGGAUGGAUGGGAGGGAGGAAGGAUGGUGGGUCAUGUGUGGUGAGUGAGUGUGUGACUUUGGUUUGGCUGAUUUACCAUUAACCUCUGUAACUCUCUGCCCCAUCCCUCCCUAUCAUGCCUUUUGAGCUACACCCACCCACCCACACAAACACAUGAAUACAUCAAGGUCCCAGACAUCCCAGCUUGACAGAGACGGACUAGGCAGCUAGCAGGACUAGGUGACUGGCCAGCAAGAUAAGAUGUAUCAUGUUUUUUUGUUAGUUUGUUUUUUACUGACACAUUAUUGCUUUUAACAAUGUGGCAACACUCCUUUUAUAGCUGCUAGGAAGUCCUUCAGAGGAAAUGUAGCCAGAAAGAGGCCGGUCCGACAAGGUUCACUGGCUUUGGUUGAAGAGCUGCAGGGCAUUCACUCUGUCACCAGCCUGAAUGAGAUGACCUAAGAUGAUUAUAGCAAAUCCAGCUGAUCGGGGCCAUGCCAGCUGGGCCAGUGAUGAGGCCUGGCACUGAGCCUUGGAACUGAGGCUCGAGCACAUGGACGUCAGGUUGUGGCAGGAAAGGAGGGGGAGCUGGGGGUUUGCAGGGAUUGCUGCCCACCAGGCCUCUCACUCAACAUUGCAGGGGGAGGAAGAUUCUGAUCCAGUUAUGCAGUGGCUUUCAUGGCUUUUGGCUGGGAUCCACUCGGUGACUUGCCAGCAAUGCAGCUGAGGAUGGGGCAGGGUGGGCCGAGAGUGAAAGAGAUAUAGGCAGGCAGCCGCCAGCGCAAUCCGUCCUUUGUACGUCUGGUUCAGAGAACACAUCGCUGCAUCCACCGUUGGUUUUUUGGCUGGGUUGAAUUACACAACAUAAGCGCGUCUCAGGUGAACAGCUCUGGCUGGGAUUCCCAAAUGUUCUUGACCGUUGUGAGCAUCUUUUAGCUCUUGUAUGUUGAUUAGCCAAGGUGAAAGAGCUCGGCAGGUACAGCAGGGCAGCUAAUAAUCAGUCAGACACAAAAGUUCUAUUUUCAGAGAGUGACAAAAAAUAGCCAAUGCAUGACUGGUUUCAUGGGCCCACGGAAAAUACAAACAGUAAUACAGUAUAAAACACACAAAUUAAGAAAUUCCCUUUACUUAAAUAUGAAGGUAUGCAGUAUACAAAACUGUUGGGAUGUGACACCUACAUGAAGAUAUAAAAAAAGGUCAAAAAUGACACAAAAGAUCACUCUUUGGCUCUCUUUCAGUCUGGGAUGACUUCUGAUUAACUGCUGUUAAACUGGCAUUCACUGACUGGCUGUUAAAAUCACCAUAACAAACCACAAUAGGAAACAUUGUGCUUGAUGGAUAGAUAGGCCCUCUUUUGUUCCUUAAUUCACCAACAUAUUCUCUCCUUUGGUUUUGACCAGUUUUAAAAUCAUGUCUCUUUUGAUUUUUUGCCAGCCGGAGUUCGAUAACUUAGUAUUCCUCAUGCAUCAUGGGCCUUAACGUUUCAAAAACCUGGGUAACAUUUAAGGAAACAAUAGUUUUGCUCAGGAACAUUGAUACAAACUUUUAUUUGCAAAGGCCAGGAUCUUACUGUACGCGCCGGAUGUGUUAGUCUUUGAUGGAAAUGUAUUACUUUCAGUUGAGAGACUCUGUCACAGCUGCCUCCAUCCUGUGGUAAUGCAAUAUUAAUGCAUGCACAAAGUCAAAACAGGUGUUCUGACCGGUUUUGUGCCCGGUCUUCAUCACUUUUUUUUUUUUGUGAAAGGAACAUUUUGUUUGUAUUAGAGGUGCAAACAAAUCUUGCUCGUGCUGUAAUGCAACAUCGAAUCUCGGUCCAUUUGAGCUGUGAGGUCUUUCUGUGAUGGCACCAAAAGCAAAACUGAUUAAAUGUGAUUCUGGUUUAGAAAAGCAAAAUGAGUUUGCCCUCUUUCUGUCUCACAAUGGUUCCCCAUUGUUACAAACAUUGCUUGAGAUGUUGCCCGGUAGUAUUUGGCGAGUCCUCUCCAAUACCCUUCAGUUACAACCAAACUUUAACAAAUGACUCUCUUCAGUAACACCUAGCGGCUGACUGCUCAGUCAGAGGCUGCCACUUUAAACCAGCACAACCAAAGAACCCUACCAUCGACAAUAAAUUGACCAAACAAAACAUCUCAUUUUGCUUGGGCAAAGAGUUGCUACACAUGGGGGUGUACUGUGUAUAGCUGAAAGCCAAGGUUGUGGAUAGCCUUUCUCUGUGAUAUAAAUAUAUAUAAUGCAUUAUGAUUUUGUAAACAAAAGAUCUUAAUAUAUGAAUAUAUUCUAUUUACUGUAUUCACCACGAGGAUUACCAUUCAAGUCGACCUCUGUGUUACAGACUGUAAAUAGUGUUAAUGUAUUGUGUUUUAUCUAUGAUCCAUAUGAUGAUGAAUGAAUAUGAUUUAGGUCAUGUCAUGCUUUCUCUCUGGUACCCCACAUUGGCUGUACGAUAAUACUUUUUUACUGAAAAUGUUUAAAUUUUAAUGUCUUUUGUAAAGGAGGAUGCUGAUGUUGACUGUAUAUCAUUGGAUCUUCAUCUAAUAAAAUGCACCUUGAUAUCUG